CCCACUACUUCCUCUCACGUAGUUGGAAAAAUGUAUAGAUUUCUUUAAGGUAUUGUUUCAUCAAAAUUGAUAUUACUGCUAUGCUGGUGUAAUGCCAAAUGUUAUGAGUAACUUAAGGGUGGUUUAAAAACUACAGUUACGCAACACAAGAACCGGAAAAGAAAGUAUGAACUCCGAACUUCGGCCAAUGAAAGAGAAUGUAGUGUGCCGGGGGGCGCAGGGUGUCGGAGCUGCUGUUUCAGAUGGUUCGCAGGCAUGAAGGAGCACUGACUGAAGAAAGAUGAACGCCAAGAGAAGAGGAGGGAAGCCAAACAGAGGAGGAGGGAGGUUUAACAAGCCCAGAGGAGGCGGAGGUGGCGGAGGUGGAAGCCGGAAGGGAGGAGGAGCCGGUCGCUGGGAUGACGACGACGAUGAUUUCAGCCUCGAUUUUGGACCCUCUCGCUCCAGCAGACCUGGACAAGGACGAGGCGGCAUCGGUGGUGCCGGUGGCGGGCGUGGAAGGGGGAGAGAUGCGGGACGAGGACGGGGAUUUAAUGAUCGCCAAAGGGACUCGAAGGGCGACAGGAAGCCCCUCCCCAGGUCCCUUGUGAGCACCAGGGUCCCUCUGAAAGCAGGCGACGGCAGCAGGCCCGAGGCGAGCAGCAUGCCCUUGCAGAGGAUCUUCAUGACCAAUGAGAACCAAGAGCAGCUCAAGGAGUUGCUGCGGGAGCUGCAGACGCAGGAUUUUGACGAGCCUUAUGACAGGGAGUCUGGCUCUGAUUAUUCACAUGAAGAGGGGGAGGAAUAUGAUGAGUUGGAUCCCCGUGAGGAAGGUCAGUUUUGGGUCACUAACGAUGAGCCUGUGGAGCGAGAUGAGAGCCCUGCUUAUUACCCAGAGGAGGAAGAGGAAGAGGAGGAAGACAAGGAGCGGCCCACACCUGAACCCCUUAUCUCCUUAUUUGCUGUUGGGAAGCUCUGCAGAUAUGGCUUCGACAGGGAGAGAAGCAAACAGGCUCUGGAGUCCGGCGGAGGAGAAUUCGGGUCGACUUUAGAGCAUCUCCUCCUCCAGGUCUUCAGCGAACGCUAUGGACAGAAAGCGGUUUCCCCCGAUGGCCUCCAGGGGGUGCCGAUGGACGAAUGCCUGAGCCAGCGUCAGGAGGAAGCCCUAGCGUUGGCUGCCAUUUUUGGCGACCGUUUCUACGAGCGCAUCGCCAAUGCCGUGUGGACGGUGUCUCUGGACGUCCCCUUCCUUUCUGACAAACCGGCCCGAAACGGAGGCGAUGCCGCGGGCAAAAACAGCCGCAACGUUUGUAAAUUCUACCUCAAAGACCGCGGCUGCCGCUUCGGCGACAAAUGCCGGUUCAGACACGAGCUUCCGGGUAGAGAGAAGUCCGGGGCGGGUUCCUUGGACCCAAAAGGGCCAAGCCAGCCCGGCUUCACCAGCUACUCUCCUCCUGAGUAUGAGCUGGAGGUCCGCUUCCCAAAGGGAAACCGUUACCCUCACCAGGCGCCGAUAGUUGCCUUCAGCACCAACGACGAGUCGGUAGCAGCCGCGGGGAGACUCGGUGUCACCGAGAAGCUGUUUGGAGAAGCACUAGCUGCGGCGAAGAGCGGCGAGCCCGUCGUUUACACCCUGAUCACCCUCUGCGAGGACGAGCUCAGUAUGAAGGAGCUUCUGGCCGUCGGGCAUCACAAGUACAGCACGCCGCCUCCUGUGGUGGCACCACAACCGAAUCCUCUCGGCAUCGCAAAGAGCAGAACCAGCAGCACGAACAGCAGGAGGGCCGCUCCACCAGCAACCCAGAAACCCGCAGAAAUAAAAGCGACUGGAGAGGCUGAGGAGCCUGAGGAGGAGGCAGAGGUGGAGGCAGAGGUGGAGGUGGAAGCCGUCCCAGUGGAGGCUGAGAGCUACGUCAACCUGAGGAAGAAGAUGGAGAGCAAGCACAGUCAGAAAACUGAGAACCUCCUGCAAGAAAACGGCAAGCUGUGUCGAGACUUCCAGAGAAAACGGUCUUCCCGGCGCUUUAAGUCUAUGCUGGAGCAGAGGAGGAACCUCCCGGCUUGGCAGGAGAAAGAGAACAUCCUGGAUGAGUUGGACAGCUGUCAGGUUCUGGUGAUCAGCGGGAUGACCGGGUGUGGUAAGACCACUCAGAUUCCUCAGUUCAUCCUGGACGCCUCUCUGGCCGGUCCCGCCGGACAGGUGGCCAACAUCAUCUGCACCCAGCCUCGGCGGAUUUCUGCCAUCUCUGUGGCUCAGAGAGUCGCACAGGAGCGGGCCGAGUGUCUGGGGAACUCGGUGGGCUACCAGAUCCGCCUGGAGAGCGUCAGGACGUCGGCCACCCGGCUGCUGUACUGCACCACAGGCGUUCUGCUCAGAAGACUGGAGGGCGACGCAGACCUCAGAGGAGUCUCGCACGUUAUUGUGGAUGAGGUGCAUGAGCGGACAGAGGAGAGCGAUUUCCUGCUGUUGGUGCUUAAGGACCUUAUUACAAAGAGGCAAGACCUGAAGAUUAUUCUAAUGAGUGCCACUCUCAAUGCCAACCUCUUCUCUGAGUAUUUCUACGACUGUCCUACUAUCCAUAUACCCGGUCGUACAUUCCCUGUUGAUCAGUUUUUCCUUGAAGAUGCCGUUGCUAAAACUGGCUACGUCAUAGAAGACGGCAGCCCUUACUUGCGCUCAGGAAAGCAGAACUCGUCUUCCGCAAGCGGCCAAAGAGUUACGAGGGACGACUUGGGCGACGACGUGUGGAACUUCAUGUCUUUCUGCAAGAAAGAUUUUGUCAAAGACUCGACCCCAGACCAGCAGCUCAGCCUGCAGGAACUCACCAUUAGAUACAAAGACACAAAGAAAUCUGUCCUUAAAACUAUUGCUGCCAUGGACCUGGACAAGAUCAACAUGGACUUGGUGGAGAGCCUGCUGGAGUGGAUAGUGGACGGACAACACAACUACCCACCAGGUGCUGUGUUGGUGUUUAUGCCAGGCCUUGCUGAGAUUAAAAUGCUUUAUGAGCAGCUGCAGUCCAACAGAAUAUUCAACAACAGACGCACCACCAGAUGCGUGGUCUACCCCCUCCACUCCACCCUGUCCAACGAGGAGCAGCAGGCAGUCUUCAGCCGCCCCCCCGAGGGCGUCACCAAGAUCAUCAUCUCCACCAACAUCGCGGAGACCUCGGUAACCAUCGACGACGUGGUUUAUGUCGUCGACUCUGGAAAGAUGAAGGAAAAGAGGUACGAUGCUUCCAAGAGCAUGGAGAGCCUGGAGGACUCGUGGGUGUCCCGGGCCAACGCGCUGCAGAGGAAAGGUCGAGCGGGCCGAGUGGCCUCGGGGGUUUGCUUCCACCUCUUCACCAGCCACUGCUUCCGCCAUCAGCUGGCCGAGCAGCAGCUGCCCGAGAUCCAGAGAGUUCCCCUGGAGCAGCUCUGCCUGCGAAUUAAGAUCCUGGACUUGUUCGCCGAGCAGCAGCUGGAGUCCGUCUUCUCUCGGCUCAUCGAGCCGCCGGCCGAGGGGAGCCAGGACGCCGCCAGGCAGCGCCUCCAAGACCUGGGAGCUCUGACCCCGGAUGAGAAGCUGACCCCACUGGGCUACCACCUGGCCUGCCUGCCCGUCGACGUGCGCAUCGGGAAACUCAUGCUGUUCGGCGCCAUCUUCCGCUGCCUCGACCCGGCGCUCACCAUCGCAGCCAGUCUGGCCUUUAAAUCACCGUUUGUGUCACCAUGGGAUAAGAGAGAGGAAGCCAGUGAGAAGAAACUUGGCUUUGCUGUGGCCAACAGUGACCAUCUGGCUUUGUUACAGGCAUACAAGGGUUGGUGCUGCGCUGCAAAGAGCGGUAACCAGGCCGGCUUCCGCUACUGUAGGGAGAACUUCCUGUCCUGGCGCAGUUUGCAGGAAAUCGCCAGCCUGAAGAGGCAGUUUGCAGAGCUGCUGUCAGACAUCGGCUUCAUUAAGGAGGGAUUGAGGGCCAGGGUUAUUGAACGCUCAUCCUCACAGGGAGCGGAUGGUGUUUUGGAGGCUACUGGGCCUGAGGCCAACCUUAACUCAGAAAACAUCCGUCUGAUGUCUGCAAUGCUGUGCGCAGCUCUCUAUCCAAAUGUGGUGCAGGUUCGCGCUCCGCAGGGGAAUUACAAGAUGACCAGCAAGGGAGCCAUGAAGAUGCAACCGAAAGCCAACGAGCUGCGCUUCAUGACCAAGAGCGACGGCUGCGUCCACAUCCACCCCUCGUCCGUCAACUACACAGUGCGUCAUUACGGCAGCCCCUACCUGGUUUACCACGAGAAGGUGAAGACCAGCCGCGUCUUCAUCAGAGACUGCAGCAUGGUGUCCGUCUACCCGCUGGUGCUGUUCGGAGGCGGUCAGGUCAACGUGGAGCUCCACAAAGGGGAGUUUGUCAUCUCUCUGGAUGACGGCUGGAUCCGGUUCGCAGCAGCGUCGCAUCAGGUGGCUGAGCUGGUGAAGGAGCUGCGCUGGGAGCUGGACCAGCUGCUGGAAGACAAAAUCAGGAACCCGAGCAUGGACCUGUGCAGCUGCCCCCGAGGUUCCCGCAUCAUCCGCAUGAUCGUCCACCUCAUAACCACCCAGUAAGGCCCCGGCUGAGCUCCUCAUGAUCCGUUUACCCUGAAGGGCUAAAACAUGUGGAGCUCUGCUAUUGACUGUAAUUGAAUCUCCAGCUCUAUGCAGAGGAUCAAGUCUUAUUUUUGAUAUCUCGUUUUGUGUAUCAAUUCCAAACUAUUGCUGCACUAAAGCACACGUGCACUUGAUGUCAGAUACACUCUUUAAGUGGUCAUUGUAGGUGGCGAUGGGGUUGUCUGUGUCACAACUUGAGCUUUUUCUCGGGUCCAUAUUGGAUUUAUUUUUUUUUUCUCUAAUUCUGAAGUGACUGCAUGCAAAUGUGUAUUUAUUUGAAAUGCAUGAUUGAUUGAGAUCCAAGAGUUGUUGCAUGGUUUCCAGAUAUUUUCCAAUAUGCUGAAUGUAUUUUUCUGUCGAAAUGAUGUCAAAACUACACUGUAACAACGUGAACGGAAGGGCUAGAGAGACGGGACGUGAUCUACGCUGCCAAAGAAAGCCGUCAUCUUUCAAAUGACAAACCCCAACUUCACAGUGCCCUGCAAAUAAAACUGAAAGUAAUA